CCUGUGGAGAUGUCGUCGGAGACAUCGGAUAUUGAUUGUGCUUACUACGACUUGAGCAAGUUAGAAUAAAAACCUCAAAAAUUUGUAUUGCACCAGUUGUCAACCGGUGAACAUCCAAACCCCAGAUCCCAGGCGUCACAAGACCAAAGUACACAAACCAUCUUGAAAUUACAACACCACCACCACAACACAGCCCCGCAAUGUCCGGCGCAACCCACACUCACGAUGGCGUGCAUCUGCACUCGCACGACAAGUUCAACCCCGCCGAGCACGGCCACAGUCAUGAGAUCCUAGACGGGCCCGGUAGCUACCUCAACCGUGAGAUGCCAAUUGUUGAGGGCCGCAACUGGGCAGACCGGGCCUUCACCAUUGGCAUUGGAGGCCCCGUCGGGUCAGGCAAGACAGCACUAAUGCUGGCGCUCUCGCGCAUCUUCCGGACGAGCCACUCGGUGGCGGCGGUGACGAACGACAUCUUCACGCGGGAGGACGCCGAGUUCCUGACGCGGCACCGGGCGCUGCCCGCGGAGCGGAUCCGCGCCAUCGAGACGGGCGGGUGCCCGCACGCGGCCGUGCGCGAGGACAUCUCGACCAACCUGGCCGCGCUCGAGGACCUGCACGCCCGCUUCGCCACCGACCUGCUGCUCAUCGAGUCCGGCGGCGACAACCUUGCCGCCAACUACUCGCGCGAGUUGGCUGAUUAUAUCAUCUAUGUCAUCGACGUCAGCGGCGGCGACAAGGUGCCCCGCAAGGGCGGGCCGGGCAUCACUCAGAGUGAUUUGUUGGUUGUCAACAAGACCGACCUCGCCGAGGCCGUCGGCGCGGACUUGAGCGUCAUGGAGCGGGACGCGCGCAAGAUGCGCGAGGGCGGGCCCACCGUGUUCGCCCAGGUCAAGAAGGGGGUGGGCGUCGAGCACAUUGUGAACCUGAUUCUCAGUGCUUGGAGGGCGAGCGGUGCCGAGGAGCAGCGGAAGUCCGUGGGUGGGCCGAAGCCGACGCCGGGGUUGGAGGGCCUUGAUGGGCCCGCUUGAGGAACCAUUUACUGGAGGGUGGAUGGACAAAGGUAAGAAGACUGUAGAAUCAAGGGGGAGGAAUUGCCAUUGGUAGGAAUAUAUCCACGGCAAAGAGGGGAACUAAAGUACGGGCAGUAAUAUAUCAUGAUUCCCAAACGCC